AUGGCCGACUUCAAUGAGACAAGAUCUCCCCUUACAAACGACAAUGUCCAGGCCUGGGCCCGUCAUCACUUUGCCGCGCCCUUUCGCGCUUUGCCGCGUGCUGCCAGGUUGCAAUGGAUCGAGUUUGACGAAAGCUUUACUAUCAGCAGAGCUAUCUGGCGCUCUCUCGGCCGCUCUACUCACAAGCAGCUACUCGUCAUUGGCGGCUACGCCCCAGGUCCCGCCGGCGACGACGAUGAACCCAUUGACCGUGUCACAGCCCACGUCCACGAGGACGAAGCAGAGGUCAGCUUCUAUCGCAUUACCGAACUCGAAGAUGGCAGCAGUGAGCUGUUGUCGGUAAAUAGCACCAGCACCGUUGCCUUUCAUGCCCCAUUUUGUGACGUCGGUGACGAUACCGGUGGUUCAAAAGCAAUCCACCGCGUAUCUGCCCUCAUUCUUUACUAUUUUUUGGCAGCAGGCCACGUGAAAGAGCUAUCCCGCACACGAUCAGAUCCUACAAUGUUUACCAGGAAUUUUCGCGACGCCUGUCUGUGGGUUCAGAAUGAAGGCGAGCGUCCAUUACUACCACCAUCGAGAAAAUCAGAACCUUCAACACCAUUCGAAAAGGAUCCAAUUACUGUCCGGCCGAAGCGGUCCUCUACUGUUUCAACCACUCGUCCCGUAUCUGAUGAAUAUCAACAUCCUCCAAUGAAACGCGCAGCAACAGACAGCCUAAACAUUAAGAUUAAACGCGAACGCGACGAAGACUACCCAAAUAUCCCUCCAUCUGCCAUCCGACCGAAAAAGCACCCCCGGCGCACUCUCAGCGAGCAAAUCGUUGUCCCCUCAAAACUCCAGGAAUCUACCUCAAUAGCAUCCUCAGGAUCUAUUCUCAGCCCACGCAGUCCCGCUCCGGAGCGCGUCAACCGCGCCUUAACCGACCGAAUUAAUCACCUCAAAGACGAAAACGCCGGCCUCAAAGCUUCAUUAAAUGGCCUGGAAUCAGAAAAAUCCGACCUUCAGCAGCGCAUGGCUAGGGAAUCCCACGCAUAUCGUAGCAUGCAAAUCGAAUCCGACGCCCUAAAACGCGAAGUAGAGGGCAUGAAGCGCGAAAUGAACGCCAUGAAAGAGCGCUUAGAAGGCGUCGAGUCUUCUGGCGAAAAGAUGCGCCUGGAAGUGCAAAGAUUAGUAGCGGUAGAGAACGCGAGUAAAGAAUUUCGAAAAGAGCUAAGAGGCGAAGUAGACGGGUUAAGAGGACGCAUUGAGCGAAGCGAAAAGGAAGCCGAAAACGCGAAAGAAGAGCUAUUGGCUGUACGCCGGGGAUUAACAAAAGAGUUGAGCGAAGCAGUUCAGAAAUGGGGCGCGUAA